AUGGGAGUGAGGAAUCAGACGCAAGUUGUGGAAUUUGUCUUCCUGGGUUUCUCUGGAAUUGCAUACGGCCACACAUACCUCUUCCUGGUAUUCUUAGCCAUUUACUUGGUCACUAUACUGGGGAACCUCAUGAUAUUUACUGUGAUUCAACUGGAUUCCAGCCUCCAUACCCCCAUGUAUUAUUUCCUCAGCCAUCUCUCCUGCUUAGAUAUUUGCAUCUCUUCUGUCACCAUCCCUAAGAUCCUGCUGAACUUCUUGUGCCAGCGACAGACCAUCCCCUACAACCAGUGCAUGGCCCAGAUGUUCUUCUUCUUGUCUUUCACAGGGACGGAGGCUGCAAUGCUGGCCGUCAUGGCCUACGACCGCUAUGCCGCCAUCUGUAAACCUUUGCAUUACUCCCGCCUCGUGAGCACCAAAGUGUGCAUCCUACUCGCCUCUGCCACUUGGGUGUGGGGCUUCCUAGACGCCGCUCUUCACACAGCUCUCAGCUCCAAGUUGUCCUUCUGUGGAGUCAACCAGAUUCACCACAUUUUCUGUGAUCUCCCCCCACUGAUGAAAAUUGCCUGUGGCGAUACACGUACAAAUGAAAUGAUAACUCAUGUGGCAAGCAUUUUUAUGGGCCUCUCACCCUUCCUGGUGGUUAUUCUCUCCUAUUUCUACAUCCUGUCCACCAUCUUGCGGAUUCCCUCCAACACCAGGAGGCAAAAAGCUUUCUCCACCUGCACCUCUCACAUCAUAGUGGUCACUAUUUACUUUGGAAAUGGAUUGCUUAACUACAACCAACCAAGCACUGGUUACUCACUGGAGACUGAUACUUUGGUCUCCACCAUGUACUGCAUUGUACCCCCCAUGCUGAACCCCCUCAUCUACAGUCUCCGCAACAAGGAAGUGAAGGAGGGCCUCCGGAAGAUGCUUCACAACCAAUAA